AUGGCCACCCACGAUCAACUCGGCCUUCCGCACGCUGCGUUCAACCAACAGGCUUUUGAAGACCCCUACUUAUCCGGGCCUUCUGAUCUAGACGAAUUCUCUCUCGAACAACACACGCCAAGCGCCUCUUCGGUUGAUCACCCGAGUCGCUUGUCGUCUAGAUCUCCUGCAGACAGUAAACUUUCCAGCGAUCCACCGAAUCAAAGUUAUGGAUACAACGAAACUUCGUUUGAUGAAUCCAAGUUUAUCAACUUUGAUCAACCGGGCCUUUUCCUAAGCGACAUGCUGUCGGGAACGGAUGGCCGGUUGGAUACGGCUCUAUUGAUUCCGGAUCCCCACAAUAUACAGACAGAGGGCGAUUAUCAAGGGUUCGAGAAUCAAAGGGCAUCUCCACAGCUAGUUAGCAAUGCUCAAGUCCAAUCGGGCUUUAUUCCGGUCCCUGCCGAUGCUACUCAGCAACAACCAGAUCUCAUGUCGACUGGGAUACCACAAACGCCCCAACCGUCGAGACUGGCAAUACCGGACUCGGCUUAUAAUUAUAACAGGUCUACAGCAGACCCCCAUGCAGCAUCAGUCCCAUCACUCAGUCCCGUCGUGAAAAUAUCCCAGGUCCACCGUGGAGACUCUCCAACAAGGGAUGAUGAUGAAUGGGCUGGACACGGAAGCAAACGUUCGUCUGUCCAUUUAUCUACCACUCCAGGGUCUCCUGAUGAGGCUGAAGGAGUUGACCAGAAUCACGAGAUUAGCGAUCCCAAUCAAAGCUUCUCUCCUUCCCGCGCUGAGGAUGGGUCUUGGAUUCGGGAUACAGCUACGGGCCAGGCAGGUCUCGAUCCCUAUGCUCGUAACAACGACUUUGUUCUAAGCCCGAAGGAUUUGGAGGAAGAACGCCAGCGUGCUGAAAAGGAUGUCGAUAUUCGGAUAUGGUCAGCCUCCGUUUCUGCAGCUAAUAGUGAGAUAGGCGACGAAUCUAGUCCCUUGGGACAGCCUCGAGGCAGACCCCGAGCGGUCAGCGCGGUUGAAACCCGGCAUGACUAUUUCGGCAUAAUGCAGCCCGAUGACUCUUGCAUACCGGGACCCGGGAAGCUUAUAUACGAACCUGAUCCAGGAAGUGAUUUUGAAGCUUCCUCUGAAACUUCACGUUCGGAGUCGCUGGACGGGCUGCCUCCACUGGAGCUGACUAUUCCGAACGAACCACUCGCUGGUCAACUCAAUCGAUCCUAUCCAUGGAAAGAUACUUCUCAGUUUCCAUUGCCCCUUGCAAUCAAAACUCAGCCAGAAAGCUCGCGAGCUGCUAUGAAAUUAUACGAUGAUUUGACUAAACAACUAGAGACUGCUUCGCGCGUCGGAACAUGGGGAUCAAAACGACUCAAUGACGCUGAGGUUGAUAGCCUAUUAAAGUCAGACAGCUUCUUCAAGAAUCUUUCCCUCAACAAGUCAUCCAUUCUCAAGUACCUACCCAAGAGAAGUAGCAGCAAUUCGAAGGACAAAAAGCGUCAUUCUGAGAAAGCAUCGCGGCAAUCAAGCUUCGACACAGAAACCAAUAGCCACGGCCACCACAAGAGGCAGUCCAGCGUCACAUCUAAGCUAAGCUUGACUCGAUCUAAAACUCCAUCUGGUACUAUGGCCGCUGCCAUUGCAGGUGCCGGUACAAUGGCUGCCAGUAUUGGUAGCCAUAACUCUUUAUCAGCAACUCCAUCCGUAAGUCCAAGGGCGUCGCUCAGUCCAGCUCCUUGGAACCGAUCUCGAAGCAGGAGUGAAGGUACCGGGCCGGUGCCAGAUCUGAAACCACUUGCGAUAUCGAACGCGGAGCAAAGGCAAAACCCAUCGCAAGGGCUUCCCGCUCUGAAUGGCUCGACCUUGUAUGUGGGAGCUGACGGCGAAGAUGAUGACGAUGACGACUCCAUCGAUGAGAAGGGUAUAUUCAUGACGCUGGAACCAUCAUCGCAGCAGAUUGUACCGACGUUUGAAGGUUUCAAACGGCAAAUUUCUCUUUUGGAUCCACGGCUAGAGCCCACUCUGCUUAAUCGUUUCGCUCACGAACAGCUUCGACGUUAUAAAAAGUUGAUUGACGAACACGACAAACACGCUGCAUUAGUACAGGCGGGGAACUGCAAUUCUCACGAAAGAUGCUUUGGCUGUGGCGGCCGCGCCAAAUUACUUCCUCCCAGAGCCAAUGCUAAGGACCCCAAGGGAAAUUACUGCCAGUUUCAAGUACAGGGUCAUGAAGAUAGUGCGGAUGAAGAUGACUAUGAUGAAGAAAGCGACAAGUCUAUUGAAGUUUCCGUUGUUCCCGCGACGUUUCCCAAAGGAAUACGGUUGCCUCCGGUAAAGCGGCUGCCUGCUGAAUUUGAAUGCACGUUCUGUUUCAAGGUGAAAAAGUUCCAGAAGCCCUCCGAUUGGACGAAGCACAUCUAUGAAGAUAUUUCUCCGUUUACGUGCACGUUUCCGCAUUGUAACGAGCCAAUGUCAUUCAAGCGCAAGGCGGACUGGGUCCGUCAUGAGACUGAACGUCACCGACACCUGGAAUGGUGGGUUUGUAAUAUGCCAAAAUGUGACCACAAAUGCUACCGCAAAAACAACUUUGUUCAGCACUUAGUUCGGGAACAUGCGAAGCCCGACCCGACGGCGAAAAGGGCCAAAGUGUCAGCAGGUAAUGCGGCCGCCAAAAAUAGUGCUAGGGAUUUGGAAGAAGAAAUUGACAAGCUCUGGCUUCAAGUAGAGGAGUGUCGCCAUGAGACCAGCAAUCUACCUGAGGAUGAACCUUGUCGAUUUUGCGGCAAUAUUUCUAAAAAUUGGAGGCAACUAAUGACGCACCUAGCACGGCAUAUGGAACAAAUCGCUUUGCCAAUUUUGCACCUUGCCGAAGAGCAUCAUCAUUCCUCCACAGAUAUAUAUCGAACUACAACCACGACAGCGCCUCCAAUAUCUGUAUAUAGUUCAGCAGAUUCAAACACUCCUGCUUCGAGUACCCAUGUUUCCCGAAUCAGGGAGCCGACAAUAAUGGACGAUGGCAGAGGUCAGGUCCAGCCUAUGAUGCCCUACCACACUCAGCAAUUAUCGCCAUCGAUCAACAUCGAAGUCAGCCCUUCAAGUACAACAUACCCACCGGCUUCCAUUUCAUAUUUGCAGCCCCAUUAUACUCCGGCCCAUCGAAAUUCCAUGUCGUAUCCGCCUGCGCCUAGCCCGCACUUGAUGACAACCACGCAAUCGACUACUAUUUCUAGUUAUGUGCCCACACCUGGAGCAAGUCCGUUCCAGCUACAAAUCUCGACUAUAGGAAUUGAUGGACCACAGGAGCCGCUGUAUCAAUCCCCGCAAGACACGUGUGUGGGUCUAGACGAUUUUCUCCCGAAUACGUACGAGGGCACAUCAAUGCCUAACUACCCGAUGACAGCAUCCCCUGAAGCAGAACAUGAUGCUUCAAAUACGCAUGCAUACUUGACUCAAAUUCAAAACAAUACGUAUCCACCCACAUAUAACUUCCAAUGA